UGCUAGUGGGGCCACCUCACUCACCUUUGCUUUGUUUGCCAGCCAGCCAUUUCUUGCCGCGUUAGUUUUAGUGACAUAUUCACACAGUUUAUACUAGGUUGUUGUCGCUUUCAGAUCAAUUAAGAGCGAUUCUGUUACAUUAGCCACCUAGCCGCCGAUUUGUGAAUAGUUGGCAGACAUGGAAUAUGGGCAUAAGGCCAGUGCAGUGGCUGACUGCCUUCUCGGCUACAAGAAAGACGAAUCCGGAUGGAAAGUCUGCAAGAAAUCGAAUGAGGUUACUGUAUCCUGGCGUCCCUCCACUGAGUUUCCUGGGAAUGUUUAUAAGGGCGAGGGAAUAGUCAACGGCAGCCCAGAGAAGGUGUGGGAGUGCCUGAAACCUGUACCCAGUGGGCUGAGAGUCAAAUGGGACAACAAUGUCAAAAAGUUUGAGCUCUUGGAACAGGUCACAGAGGACAUCUCUGUUUGCCGAACAGUCACGCCCUCUGCUGCCAUGGGUAUCAUAGCUCCACGAGACUUUGUCGAUGUUAUUUUAAUUAAGCAAUAUGAAGAUGGCACCAUUACAUCAAAUGCUACCAAUGUAGUUCACCCCAGCUGUCCUCCCCAGUCAGGCUACGUAAGGGGCUUCAACCAUCCGUGUGGCUGCAUCUGUGUACCAAUAUCUGGAGAACCCAACAAAACGCAAGUGAUGAGUUUCUUCCAAACAGACUUGGGUGGUUUCCUCCCUCGCUCUGUGGUCGAUUCCUUCUUCCCCUCCAGCAUGGCAGAGUUCUACACCAACCUGGCCAAGGCUGUUAAGUCCCUCAAGGACCACUGAUACCAAGAGUCUAGGAGCUACACUGUUCCAUUACAUUUUAAAGAUGCAAUGUGUAAUUUCUAAAUGCUGACCUCUAUUGUUUAUCAGUG